AUGAGUUAUCAUGAGGAUAGUACUGAACAGUUGCAUCGUACUCAGUCACAGUCGCGUCGAAGACUGGAGUAUCCCUACGACGUGAUCGCGGACAGACAAGCUGAUGUCCCGCCUCCUCCCGCGCCGGAGCCAAUCACCAUCACAGAGCUCCCGCUUCCCCCUGUCACCGAUGACGAGGGUGUCGGGGGAUGUACUCUGGAGAUCAACCCCCGCGGCACCGGGUGUAUCGGGAAAUCUCCCGCUCUUCAGAAUGGAGAUUUCCUGCCGGACGAUCUCCACGUUGUCGCGACGGUCAACUUCACCGGCGCCCCUGCCUCGCCCGACCCGGCAAGCAUAUACAGCGGGCCACAGCUAAUUAUUGUCAAAAUCGACAACAGCACGUUUCCGAACGGUGAUGCGUGGAAGUGUAUUACUUGCGGCGUAUCUGCGGAGGAUCAUGCUGUACUUGUUGCGCCGCUCGACUAUCCCCAAAUCUUCAAGGAUGGCAAACGCCUGCUUGCUGGACCGCAAAUCAUCGAAUGUUCGGCUGAGCUUGUCAGCGAAGCUUGCACCCCAGACCAAGUCCACGUCUACCCAAUCCGAUGGAACACGGCUGCGAAUGGGUCAGGAAUCGGCGGAGCCAUUCGCGAAUUGCGCAUCCAUCCUGAUAACGAGCACCUUGGCUUCAGCUCUUUCACCGUUACGUCCGGUAAGGCUGGCCAGUUCGCUUACAUCGGAAGACUGGCCUUGAACAAAGCACCAACGGCUGGCGAGCCACUUGUCCCCCGUUAUGACUUGGCCAACGUCAAUCUAUUGUUCAGCUUGAACGAUAAACAGCCGGUCGAAAUUGACCCGGAAGACAGCUCUAUGCUCCGGAUCAACUAUGAUGCCAUCACUGUUGGGGAGCUUCGCGGGUUCAGCGGUACCGGAAAAGAAGUCACCUACAUUGGGUACCCUGCCGAGUCGUCCAACAUUGAUGUCUUUGCAGCAGACCUUGUCACUGGAAAGGUCCGGCGCUUGACUGCCCACCCGGAGUAUACGGAUCCUGUCGACGUGUCUCCAGAUGAUGAAUGGACCGUUGCCAUGGACACCCGUGGCAGCGGACGCCAGAUGUUCAUGGCGGGUCUACGCGGCAUUCCUCCAUUGACAGACUUGGUUUCCGCGAGCGCGGCCUCAUCGACGAGAAAUAACCAGGGGCGCCGAUUCUUCCAGCCAUGGCUCAUCGAUGGUCAUGGUGACCGGGGUUCGUACUUUGGGCAACAACUCAAUGCUGAGGGCAGUGGAAUCCCCGGAAGUGGCGCCAUCAACGAUCCCGAAUGGAACGGCCGCGCCGACCCGAAAUGGUCCAAUGAUGGCACCCAUAUCGUUUACUAUCAGGCCCUGACCGUGUUUCCAGAGUGUGGAGGGGAGAAUCCUCUGCCCUGCUAUCCUUCCACGGCACCCGGAGGUCGUACCGAGCGCAUGAUGCUAGCUCAUCUGACAAGCCGGCAGCCUCUCACACCGCCCUCUAUCGAGCCUCUGGGUGACGCCAUUCCCUGGGCAACUCCAUACGUGCCUGGAACCCACGCGCCGGAGAGGCCAUUCCCGACAAACGGAAACUUCACCCUCAAGGGCAGGGUCAGCGGAUGGGCAAACGUAACCAUCACCCCGAACAGUGGAGGUGGUCUGCCGGGAACAGUAGGCGUCGAGUAUCACAACUACUCUGAUGACGGCGCAAACGUGUUAGUAGGAUUCGAGAAGGUCACUUCAGUGAAUCCGAGUCCGACGCUGGAGGAGAUUGACUGGUACUCGGACCUUGCUCAGACGGGGCCGAAUAACGGAACCAAGAAGACUAGUCCUGACGGCUUCCGGUUGACCAUUGAUAUCCUGACGAACAUCUUCCAAGCCAACGGUACGCUGACGACCACGAUCGACGGCAAGGAGUGGCUCCAGCCUGCAAACAGAACUUGA